CCGGCGCAGCCCCGAGGGAGGAGGGCGUGCUGCAGUCCCGGCGGCGGCGGCGGCGGCGGCUGGAGGUGCAGCCUCCCAGGUGGGAGGCGGGGGCUGCGGGCUCAGGAAAAGGCGCCUUGGGAGAGGGCGCUCGGCGGGGCCUCCUCGGGCCCCGGGCGCGGCGCGGCGAGUGGGAGCGAGCGCGCCAGGAGCACGCAGGCGCCCUGCUCCGGCUGGCCCUCGGCUGGCGCGCGGCGCGCGGCGCGGGAGCAGCCCGCAGCCCGCAGCCCGCCCCCCGCGACCCCCGCAGCCCCCCCGGCCGCCUGCGGCCGCCCGUCGGGAGCAGCCCCUCGGCAGCCCGCGCAGGUCGCCGGCCCGGGAGAGCGCGCGGCAGCGGCAGCAGCGGCGGCGGGACGGCCCCGAGCGCGCCCUCCCGCCCGCGGCCACUUGGAGCCGGCGCUGGCCCGGCCGGCGCGCCCCGCAGGCGGCCGGAGCGCGGCCUCGGCCUCGGCGCGAGCUAGCCCCGGGCCACAGCCCGCGAGAGGCGGCGCGGGCGGCCGAGGGCACUGACGGCGUCGCGGGGCGCUCCCAGGCGGCGGCGCAGCGGCAGCGGCGGCGCAGGGGGCGGAGGCAGGGGGCGCCCCCAGCCAGGAUGCUGCGGUUCCUGCGCCGGACCUUUGGCCGCCGCUCCAUGCAGCGCUACGCGCGGGGCGCGGUGGGGCGCGGGGCCGCCGGGCUGGGGGACGAGCGCGACGGGGGGCCACGGGGGGGCCCGGCCGCCGCCUCCUCCUCGGCGCUGCCCGCCGCUCCCGGGGGCAGCGUGUUCCCCGCGGGCGGCGGGCCCCUGCUCACGGGUGGCGCGGUCGUGCACAUCUCCGCCGCCGGCGCCGCCAAGGCCACCCUCUACUGCCGCGUCUUCCUGCUCGACGGGACCGAAGUGAGCGUGGACCUGCCGAAACAUGCCAAAGGCCAGGAUUUGUUUGAUCAGAUUGUGUACCACUUGGACCUUGUGGAAACAGAUUACUUUGGCCUCCAGUUCCUCGACUCUGCCCAGGUUGCGCACUGGCUGGAUCAUUCCAAACCCAUAAAAAAGCAGAUGAAAAUUGGACCUGCUUAUGCUUUGCACUUUCGAGUUAAAUACUAUUCUUCAGAACCAAACAACCUUCGUGAGGAGUUUACAAGGUACCUGUUUGUUUUACAACUCAGGCAUGACAUUCUUUCUGGAAAAUUGAAAUGCCCUUAUGAAACAGCUGUGGAGUUAGCUGCUCUCUGUCUACAAGCGGAGCUUGGGGAGUGCGAGCUUCCAGAGCACACACCGGAGCUUGUGUCUGAGUUUCGGUUCAUUCCAAAUCAGACAGAAGCGAUGGAAUUUGAUAUCUUCCAGAGAUGGAAAGAGUGCAGGGGAAAGAGCCCUGCCCAGGCGGAACUCUCCUAUCUGAAUAAAGCGAAGUGGCUGGAAAUGUAUGGGGUAGACAUGCACGUUGUCAGGGGAAGAGAUGGCUGUGAAUAUUCUCUUGGACUGACCCCGACAGGCAUAUUAAUCUUUGAAGGAGCUAACAAAAUAGGCUUAUUCUUUUGGCCUAAAAUUACCAAAAUGGAUUUUAAAAAGAGCAAAUUGACACUCGUGGUUGUCGAGGAUGAUGAUCAGGGACGUGAGCAAGAGCACACGUUUGUGUUCCGGUUAGACAGUGCCAGGACCUGCAAACACCUCUGGAAGUGUGCAGUUGAACACCACGCAUUCUUCCGACUGCGGACGCCGGGAAACAGCAAAUCCAAUAGAUCCGACUUUAUCAGGCUGGGCUCUCGCUUCAGAUUCAGUGGGCGGACAGAAUAUCAAGCUACACAUGGCUCCAGGUUACGAAGAACCAGCACAUUUGAGAGGAAGCCUAGUAAACGUUAUCCAUCCCGGAGGCAUUCAACGUUCAAAGCAAGCAACCCGGUGAUAGCAGCCCAGCUCUGCUCUAAAACAAAUCCAGAAGUCCAUAAUUACCAGCCUCAGUAUCAUCCUAAUAUCCACCCCAGCCAGCCCCGGUGGCAUCCUCACUCUCCAAAUGUCAGCUACCCACUCCCUUCUCCAGUGCUCAGCAGCUCGGACCGGUUGCCUUUUGGCAUUGAGGAGAACGGGGGCACGCCGUUCCUCACUGCAGCUUCAGGAAGGCACCACCACCAGCACCAGCACCAGCACCAGCACCAUCACUCAAACUACAGCCUCUCACUGACCCUGGAGAACAAAGAGGGGCCUCUCAGGUCCCCAAACUCCAGCAGCAAGUCCCUUACAAAACUGAGUCCAGGAACACCUGCCUUGUUCAGUGAAGCCGCUGCUCAUCUAAAGAAACUGGAACUGGAAACUGUGAAGGCUGCUGGACCCUGGCCUCCUCUGCACAUCAACAUAAACAAGGCUGAAGAAAAGAAAGUCUCAGAGAAAACUCUUCAGACUCCACUUUUGCCUUCCCCUGUGGCGGAUCACGUGAAGUGUAACAUUCUGAAAGCUCAGUUGGAAAAUGCUUCCCGAGUGAACAUCCAGGGUGGAAAAGAGGAAUCAACAUUUGUAAAUAUAAAUAAGAAAUCCAGUCUUCAGGACGCUAAUGUAAGAAGUCCUAUUCCUAUUCGUGUGGAAACUACCCAGCCAGCUGUGGAAAAGCCGGAAAUCAAGCCUCCCCGAGUGAGGAAGUUAACAAGACAGUAUAGUUUUAACCGCAGUGAUGAAGACGACCUCCCUCCAGACCUGGCCGAGGCAGUGGGAGUGGCCACAGCUACAACCACAAACACCACAACCGCCGCCACACAAGUCUCUGUGCCGCUGCCCUCCCCCAAGGUCCAGAAAGUCAGCUCGCCUCACACCUCGGAAGGCAAAGGCCAGCUGUCCCCUGGGGCCAAGAGCCCCUCUGACCGAGGAGGUGCCUUUACCUUGGAGCCGGGUGAUCUUCUGAUGGAUUUCACAGAAGCCACUCCUCUGGCAGAGCCCGCCAGCAACCCCCACUGUGCCCACUCUCGCUGUUCUCCUCCACUCUCUCUCCCCAUGAAGGAAGAGACCACUGGAGUUUGCAUGUACCCUCCAAUCAAAACAAGGCUGAUAAAAACAUUCCCGGCUGAUACAAUGAACCCGUUUCCUGAUACUUUCACCACAGGGCCACAGUUUACUGCAGACUUCCGAGACAGUAAAUUACAGUGCUGUCCUGGCCCAUCUUCCCCACUGAUCCCAGCAGCGACCCUGAGGCCUUUCACAGAGACCGUCUCCACAGUGCAGACCCUUUACACCACCCGGAAACCUGUUUCCCUGGCAGCCAGUGCAGAGACACUCCGGCAGGAACUGGAGAGAGAGAAAAUGAUGAAAAGACUGUUGAUGACCGAACUGUGAAGUUCUCCCCUUGUCACCUGGAAGAUGGCAUGGUGCCUUCUGUCCGUCUUUCUUCGGGCUUUGUGUGCUCACUCUAGCACAACAUACAAAUGUGUGCUUUGUUCGCCCAGGUCUCCAUGGUUAGAUGAAGCCAAUUUCUGGCUUGACUUUUAUGGGAAAAAUUAUUUUAUGUCUCCUAAGCAUUAGAGUUUUUCUAUUACUCUAUGUAGUUGAGACAGGAUUUGAUAAGUCUAGGAAAAGAAAGAUGGGAAAACGGGAUUCCUUUUCAGAAGCACCUGUGUGUAUCUGUUAAUAACCACAGGGGAUAAUAUGAUGUGGGAUCCUUUACUAUCAAUUUCAACCAUGUGAUUUUGUAUGACUGAAACUUGCACCGAGCUUUGACUGUUUGUUAAAGAGUCAUUUUUAAUGAGAGAAUAAUUCUUUAUCGCUGGUUUUUCAUUUACACUGAUAAAUACACAGAUCUUAUAAAGUCUUUAACAUUCAUUUGUAUUCAGACACGAGCAGAUUAACUAAAAAAGAGAAAGUUACAUAUCACCAUGACUGAAGAUACUUCAACUUAAUCUGAAAUAUAAUUUAACUUGUAAACUCUUUGGAUAUAAUAGAAUUUAUCAUUGAACCCAAAGUAGGAAAUGAUAGCUUACAUUGUCUAAAAAUGUUAAGAUGAUUCAAUAUCAAGAUUCAUUUGGGUGUUCUAUCAAGGAAAAUUAUUUCUAAAGUCGAUUGAUUCAUGUCCUAUUGAUAGAAUCUUGACCAGAAGAAAUUUUGCUCUUUUUAUAUAGUUUCGAGAAAUGUGUUUUUAAAUUUUUAUUAAUGCACUUGAACAACUUUGCAGGAAUAAAGGAUCCCCAAUCACAAAAUAUCCCUCUAAAUUAGUUCCCUAGCUUUCUCAAGGAAUACGCAUAUAUUUUUACAUAGCUAUGAUCAUUGUGUACAUUCUCUUUCGUUUUACUUCUUUGCCUAACACUCGGCUCCUCUAAUCAACACAGAUUCUACUCUCACCAAUUCAAGUGUCUUUAUAUCCAUGUAACAUGGUUAACCUCACUCUCACUUCACUCCAUUAUUAGAUAUUUGAGUUAUAUCUAAUUUUUCACUCUUAUAAAUAGUGCUGCUAUGAAUGUCUGUAAAAAAAAAAAACUGCUCCUUCUUUUGGAUUAUUCCCUUAGGAAUAUCUCCAAAGAGGAAUUACAAAGAUAAAGAGCAUGAACUAUUUUAUAGCUCUUGUUUUAUAUAGCCAGAUUGCUUUCUAGAAAGAUUCAAUCUUUGGGUUGGAAGGACCUUAAAGGUCAUCUAGUUUAGCCUCCCCACCCCCUCUGAAUGCUUGAAUCCCUUCUACAAUUUAUGAUGCCACCAGCAAUGUAUAAGCAUUUCUAUUUACCAAUAGCUCUGCCAGUAUUGGGUUCUGCCAUUUUUAUUUAUUUUUGCUAGUUUAAUAAUAGGUAUGUAUAGUUGUUCUUGAAGAGUUGUUUUAUUUCAUUAAUUGCUAGCGAGGCUGAGCAGUUUUCCAUGUGAUGAUUUACUAGGUGUAUUUCCUUGUGUGUAAAAUGUUCAUCCAUUUCUUAUGACCACUUGUUAAGAGGAACUGAUCUCAUAUAUUUGUAUCAGAACUGUAUUUUUAUGUUGUAUUGUAUAGUUUGCUCUCCUGUCCCUCUCCUUAAAACUGAAUGGUGCCAAUAAUUUGAUACUAAUGACUAUAAAAAAAAGGUAAUGCCUCAUUUACUAGUAUUGUGAUAAAAUGAGGAAUGUAAGCAAAUAUUCAGAUAACUGAGGACUAACCCUUUAAGUGCUGAAUCUUUACAAUUUUAAUAUUUUUUUUUGAAGGAAAUCUUUCUAAAAUGUAUUACACAGUUCCCUGCCUUAGUAAACAGACUAUACUGGAGAGCAUUUAACCUUUUCUUGAUGAGUCAUGGUCAUGGUUAUAAACAUCAGCCCCUUUUGUACCUUGGUACGGUGCAGUGAUGUCAUCAAGAGCUAUCAAUAUGUGUUGGGCUUGGCUUGGCCUUUUAUAGGAUAUUAUGCUCUUCUCACUGAUGGUUUUUUACUGCUCUCUCCUCUAUCAGUGGAGCUAUCCGGGGCAAUUGUAGCGUUUGGGGCCUUUUAUCCCCAUGUUCCCCGGCUAUACUUUUAAAACAGCUUUAGCUGUUCUUUAUCUCAUGCACAUGAUACAAAAUGUGUUCCCGUACAAUAUGGGGCUUUCACCUCUUGCCAACCCAGCACACUCUUCCUCUUCUAACCUGCUUUCUGAGGCUUCUGCUCUUUACAUCCUGCUCUCUGAUGGAAACCUCCAGGGCAAAGCUAAAGGUUUCUUGGGGAAGCCAGGAAAGCCAGUAUUUCAUAUGUGUCAGAUUUGCUUGGCUUCCGAGCAGGGAUGCAUGGGCUUUUUGGCCAGUGUUUCCAGGAGGCUCUGAGCUUCCUGCUUCUUCCCCGCUUCUCCCUGAGUUCACAGACUUUGAGGUUUCUGAAGGUUGAUGUCACUGGAAGUCUGACCACAAACAAGUUGGCUGUUACUCUAUUUGAAAACCCAGUACCUUUGGCAGCUCACCUCUAACCAGUAAAAUAAGAGGAUUCCAUGGUUUCA